AUUAAAAGUGGCACCUUACCAAGAUGGCGGCUGUGGACGUGGAAGAUGAAAGUAUUCUAGCGUCUAUUUUCAAAGACAGCUUUCCUGACAACUGGCGAGAGAACCCAGACUUUGCUGCGUAUUUGUCGGAACUGAGCUCGUAUGGCGUGGAGAAGCUGAGCCGCGAACCGGAGAGGCUGUCGGAGGAGCGGGCGCAGAUCCUGCAGCAGACACGGGAGCUGGCUUUCUCCAACUAUAAAACCUUCAUCCGCACUGCGGACUGCACCGAGGAAAUAUACCGGGACUUCGGCCGUGUGGAGAGCAGCGUCUCCAAGUUACUCGAAAAACUGCCAAGUUUUGGGGAAAAAUGCAGGGGUUUCGUCAAGGAAGCCGAGGAAAUCGGGGUCAGCCGUCGCAUGAACAGUUUGACACUGAAUCGCCACACGGAGAUCCUGGAGAUACUGGAGAUCCCUCAGCUGAUGGACACGUGUGUCCGCAACGGCUACUACGAGGAAGCCCUGGAGCUGGCAGCCUAUGUCAAGAGGCUGGAGAAGAAGCACACCUCCCUGCCUGUUAUCCAGAGCAUUGUGCAUGAAGUGCGUCAAUCUGCGCAGCUCAUGCUGAGCCAGCUACUGCAGCAGCUGCGCAGCAAUGCCCAGCUGCCCGUCUGCCUCCGUGUGAUUGGCUACCUCCGCCGAAUGGAUGUGUUCACGGAGGCGGAGCUCAGAGUGAAGUUCCUGCAGACGCGAGGCAGUUGGCUGCGCUCCAUCCUGUCCGCUAUCCCUGACGACGACCCCUACAUCCACAUAACCAAGACCAUCGAAGCCUGCCGCGUGCAUCUCUUCGACAUCAUCACACAGUACCGAGCCAUCUUCUCGGACGAGGACCCUCUGCUGGCCCCUGCAGGACAGGCAGUGAAUGAGAGCGCCAUUUUCCAUGGUUGGGUGGUCCAGAAGGUAGCAGAGUUCUUGGAGACCCUGGAGCGGGACCUGCAGCGUGGAGUCGGUGCUCGCCUAGACUCCCUGUUGGGCCAGUGCAUGUAUUUUGGUCUCUCCUUUAGUCGGGUGGGGGCAGACUUUCGGGGCCAGUUGGCCCCCAUGUUCCAGCAGGUUGCCAAGGACACAUUCCACCGGGCGAUGCAGGAGGCUGUGGAGAAGUUUCAGGAGGACAUGAAUCACUAUACGCUCAUCUCCUUCCCCACCAUGCUAGGCAGUACCAUCCCACCUGUGCCACCUAGUGUGCAGCCCGGCACACUACAGCCCCCCAUGACCCUCCUGGAUUUCCCUCCCCUGGCCUGCUUUCUCAACAACAUCCUGACCGCCUUCAACGACCUGCGCCUGUGCUGCCCCAUAGCCUUGGCUCAGGGUGUCACCAGAUGCCUGGAAGAUGCUCUCGUUAAGGUGACCAAACUGAUCCUGGUUUUCCACCGGGCUGAGGAGGCAGCCUUCAGCAGCCGGGAACGCGAGCUCUUCGUUCAGUUCUGCUGUGCCUUCGCCGAGGACAUAAUGCCAUUUCUCAAUCGCUGUCUGCAAAUCGUCUUCCCCCCUGCUCAGCUAGCUCUCAUACUCGGUAUACCCCCAACACAGGUCCACAAGUGCAAUGGUCUGGGCUGCAUCAAUGUGGACAUGGUACUGGCGCCAUUGGAGUUUGUCUUGCCGAAGAAGGAAACAGACUCUUCUGUCGCUGACCUGAGCGAUCUGCCAAACCCAGACCUUAUGCCCUUAGACCCAGCUUCUAAGAUAGCUGUGACAUCUGCAGAGGACACUGUGCUCACAGCCGUUAGGGAGGGAUCUGCAGCUGGAGAGAUUGCCGAGCUGUCAGGGUGACUGUUGAAUGAAACCAUAAAGUUACAUGGGCUUUCCCACAAGAAAAGUCCAGUUUGUUCCAGAGCACUGUGAGAAGCAUGCUUGACUCUACUGAAGAAUAUAUUGUAUAUUGGGUCUUGAUAAGUGGGAAAAACUUAACAUGCUGAUUGGUCAA